AUGGCAACCAAAAAAAAGGUGACCACCAAAGAACCGAUGAAAACCGAAAAGAGAGGUGUCGUGGAGAAAGUCACUCUACACACACGAGUAUUCACGGACAAUAGUUUGACAAAGGGCGGUGAAGUGAAGGAAGCCCGGGGGGUGUUGAAAGUCCUACAUCGUGAAUUUAAAGGACGGACGGCAACCAUAAACUGCAAAGUUGAAGCGUUUGGCAGAAUAUUACAUAGGUUUGAUAAUCGUAGGAAGCAGUGGGUUUGUGAAUUGGGAUUCGGAGGCUUGUAUCACUUGUGCGGGAAGAACUUACCCCGCAACUUUGUGUAUUGGUUGAUGACACGUGUGGACCCCGUAAACCAACUUUUUAGAGGGACGAAUGGAGUAGAUGUCCCCAUGAACAAAAACCAGGUUAGGUGGAUAUUAGGUCUUCCAAAAGGGGAGAAGGUAAUCCCCACGAAUGAAGGUGAUGCUGAUGAACAAAUGAAAAUCGCGGCCCAAAAUGUUUUAAGGUUAUACGGGCGUAAAUGGCAGAGUGUAAACCCUAGGAAGCGGUCUGAUAUGAUUUAUACAGAUGCAAUUCCGGUGAAUCCAAAAUUUCUUGAAAGGUUAGAGGGUGAGUGGGGGGAAAAUGACGAGCAGGAGUUUAAGACGAUGUUCUUGAUAGCCGCACUUGCGAUGGUCCUAUGUCCGACACAAUGUGGAAGAUUAAGUGCCGGUACGAUAUAUGCGUGCACACUUGGAAUGCAGUCAAGUCAAUAUGAUUGGUGCAAGCUAGUUUAUGAUUUCUUCAUUGAGAGGGCCAAAGUGUUCUGUAGGGACUUCUACACAUACGGGUGGACCAAAGGUGUAGGUGGUUGCACCAUGUAUUUAGUGUGUGUUGUAGUUGUUUACGGGGAAACACAACACCCGAGGGCCACCAAGGACAGUCAUGGUCCAGUUGAAAAGGUAUAUAUUCCGGUAAUGGACAAUGAAAUAUUGACGUUAAAACCAAGGAAAAAAGGAAAUAGUGAGAGGAAUCCAAUGAAGAUGAGACAGAUGGCUGAGCGGGAAAAAGAAAACAGUAUCGAGUUAGAACGAAUAGAACUCCAUAUGGAAACCGUGAAUGAGGAGCCAAUUAUAACACCUCCACCACCCCGGACCCAAUCUCGAAGUGAACGAUGCCAACAGGUUACAUCCUCCCCACCACCAAAGGUUCCCCCACCCCCACCAAAGGUUUCGCCACCCCCACCAAAGGUUCCGCCACCUCCACCCUCAACAAAGGUUACUUCUCCACUCCCUUCCCCAUCCCCACCAAAGGAUACAUCUCCACUCCCUUCCCCAUCCCCACCAAAGGAUACAUCUCCACUCCCUUCCCCAUCCCCACCAAAGGAUACAUCUCCACUCCCUUCCCCAUCCCCACCAAAGGAUACAUCUCCUCUUAAUCCCCAACUUUGUGUAACUUUGUGUUAA